AUGGAGGACUGCGUCGCACUAAAGAUCGAGGUCAACAAGCUGCUUAGGAAAGGGAACCUCAGGGAGUUCCUUUUCGAGAAGGCCAAGAGCCAUCUAAGCAAGGAUACAAUGGGUAAGCCCACUGAAGCUGCUCCCGAAAUCAGCGGCAUAAGCCAUGCAGCUGCGAAGAAAAGCACCUGGAACGCCAAGCACGGCCUAGAGACAUCCAAGCCGAAACGCCUGCUCCUAGGAACAGACGAGAUAAGCUUCACGGCCAAGGAGCAAGAGAAAGUCCUCAUUCCACAUCAUGACGCCCUGGUUAUCUCGCUUAUUGUAGCAAUCUGCCUGGUUAAAAGGAUACUGGUAGAUAAUGGAAGCUCCGGCAACAUCAUCUUCCAGGCCGCAUACAAGGAUCUGGGGCUGGAGGAAGGCGCUCUAACUCAGAGGAUAACCCCCCUUAUAAUGUUCAUCGGGGAAGUCAAACAAACCGCCGGGGAGGUAACCCUCCCCGUAUACGCCGAAGGAAUCAACAUGUCAAACAUGUUCCUUGUUGUUGAUUGCGAUUCAUCUUACAACAUGAUCUUAGGACGGCCCUGGAUUCAUGCAAUGGGGGCCGUCCCCUCGACUCUUCACCAAAUGGUGAAAUUCCCUACACCCUGGGGCAUAAAGGCGAUCAGAGGGUAUCAUGAAUAUUUCCGCUCCUGCUAUCAGACCACUCUGAAGGGAAAGACCAAGGCCUUAUAG